AUGUGCUAUCGUCAGGAGGUGGACUCGAGGCAGUGGGACCCGCCGGAGGAGGGCGAGGAGUUUGUUGAUCCUGAUGAGGAGUUGCGCAAGAUAUUGCCAGGGUCACGUCCUGUCUAUUGUCGUGGGAUUUCGUCCCUCCCCGAUUUGGACGACUGGCUCAACACUGCUGGUAAGAUCGUGCUCAUAGCAACAGGUGAAAGGACAUUCGAGUAUAAGGAUGACGUCAAGCCGCCACGCGUCUACUCGAGCAUUCUUGGAUGCCUCGUAAGGAAGCACUUCCCUGGGUUUAUACCUGUGUCUAAAAUCCUUGGUAGCCAGUGUGUAGCUUGGACAUGGAAGCACUACAUGUACGCAAAGGAUCCGGAAGGCGAGUUCGAUAAUGCCCAGCAGAGAGUUCUCGACGAUUUCUGGAAAUACUUUGCACCAGACCCGGAGCACCGUCUUCUUUGCUACUCUGUGGCUAACGCCGUUGCGACGAAGCAAGUCCGAGACAUGCACUACGAGGGUCGUGUGUGGUGCGUUCGCAACUGGUACGCUGAGAUGCGCAAGAUCCGCAUAACUAAGAAAAAAGCCCGUCAGAUUACCAUGGAGCCGUGGCAGUAUCUGCAGGUGCCACCUCAGUACGUAGGAUUGGCCAACAAAGAAGUCUUCGAGUCGAUGGUACGGUAUUGGACAAGUAAAGAGUUCAAGAAGAAACAUGACAAUGGUGUGAAACGGAAAGCAGAGAUGGGCCAUCGUGGAUGCCACCGCCAAGGCAGCCUCUCCCUCGCCGGUCAUAUUCAAAAGGAGAGAAGGGAGACAAAGGUGGAGCCUAGCUUUUUUACAGUUUGGAAGAGGACACGCACCCUCGACGAGCCGGACCCCGACCGUAAGGGGUCGAUGUGGGUGAGUGAUGGAUCUGAGCUCCGGCAUACGGAGUACUGCAAGAAGUUGGGGGAGAUGCAUGGCACAGACGUGGACCCCCUCAGUGUCCCCUUUGACCCUGAGGUUGCCGUGCUAGCGGGACAGGGCAAGAGGAAUGGUCGCUUAUGGAUUGGUGACGGUUGCAUCCAUCCUGCGACCAUUCCAUCUAUCCGCCAGCUCCGUCGUGGCAGGACGAGCUCCGAUCCUCAAAUAGAGACCCGUCCCACGCCUUCGAGUGUAGCUAUGCAAAGAAUCCAGGCUCAGGUGGAGGAGGCAGAGGCAAGAGCCCAACGAAUGGAGGAGCAGCUGGCACAACAACAGAAGAUGAUGGAGUGGAUGACACAACAAAUGAGCCAACAGCAAGAUCACAUGCGCAUGCUUGCUAUGCAGCCGGGUGGCGUGACUCUUCCUCCUCUUGCUCCUCCUCCUUUCACUUUCCCGUGGGUAAGUUGUCUUUGCAGAAUAAGUGCCAAUCUCUGUCUAGUGCUUGUUGUGUAA